GAAAAUUAGACUUCCUGAAAUAAGGGUAUGGACUGCUUACUGAGACCCUGGAAAACAAAAAGUGAUCACUACAUCUCAUCACAUUAGUUGUUAGCUGAGCUUUUCUACAACAUGAUGGACGACAGUGUAUUGGAGGAGAUGGCCACGCUGUCAGGCAGCUCAUCUAUCGGGGAUGCAGCGUCUGGUAGAGGAGAGAGUAUGUCUAAUGAAGAUGACGACCUUUACUACAUCCCUGAGAGAAGACCCUCUUUAGACCUUGGGCCGAGUCCAAUGGAUGCCAGCCACUGGCAUUAUGUGGACCAGGCCUCUGCUCCAGCUCUGAGCUACAAAUCAAUGACAAGUGAGGAGAACUUGAGCAGCUUGGAUGGCCAAAGUGAAUCCUCCACGAGGGUCCAGCUGGACAGAGCAGAUUCAUACUCAAGCUGCUACUCCUUGGACAGUGACGAUUGUGAAAAGAGAAUCCCCAAGGUUAAAAGCAAAGAGGAUAUGGUCUCACAGCUUCCUGAUGCACCUGAGUUAAUGAAAGACCCAAAUGCAGUCAGGCAUCCCUCUCUGACGGUGGCUUUCACUUUCAAGGCUAUUUCUCAAAUCCUCGGGAAGCUGUCUCAGGGGGACCUUCAGAGAUUCAAGGGGAUGCUGUGGAAGCGUUACCCACAGUCAUUCAACACUCCUCCCCAAGGCAUGGACCUGGUGGACCUUGUGGACCGGUUGCUCGAGUGUUACGAUCUGGAGGUAUCUUUGCAGAUCACCAAAACCCUUCUUGAGGAAAUGGGGCUCACGAGGAUGAUUGAUUUUCUCCAGAGUUUGUGCAGAAGAAAUGAAGUACGUCAUGAUUUAAAGGAGACUCUGAGGAGGACGUACAGUGAAGCACCUGAGGUUUCGGACAUGCAGGGAGAAAAAAGGCCACUUGACGAUGUUUUCACUAAUCUCUUCAUAACCUCAACAUGUAAUAAUGGCCCAAAUAUUGAACACGAGGUCAUGACCAUACCAAAGCUGGACAGCAACAGCAAAGAAGGGAAACUGCUUUCCACUGGAGAUAUUUUGAGCGCUGAAAGACUGGAGCACUCACACUUUAAGCUGAUGCUGGUCACAGGCGUGGCAGGGUCGGGGAAGUCUAUGGCAGCCAGGAGGUUAAUCCUCGAUUGGGUCGAAGAGCGGGCUCACCAGCACGUGUCCUUCUUGUUUGCUUUGCCGUUCAGGGAGCUCAAACAGUUUGAGGAGUCCAAGGUCUCACUGAGGGAUAUAAUACAAACACUCUACCCGGAAACCAAGCAACUGACGGAUGACGAUUAUACAAGCGAUGACGGCAGACUCAUGUUUGUCUUUGACAGUCUGGAUGAGUACAGUGGGAAGGUUGACUUUCAAAACACUGUGCUCUACAGCGACCGCACAAAAACCACCAGCCUGAACAUCAUCGUGGUCAACCUCCUCAGAGCGAGGCUGGUUUACCACGCGCUCUUCGUAAUCUUUUCACGGCCGCAUGUGAAGUACUGCAUUCCCUGGGACACGCCUCACGACGAGAUAGACUUGCGUGGUUUCUGCGACUCUGAAAAAGACGAGUACUUUAAGAAGAAAUUUAAGGACCCAGAUCAAGCAGCUCGAGUCAUUGCGUAUAUCAACUCCUCCAAAACCCUCCGCAUCAUGUGCCACCUGCCCUUGUUUUGCUCACUGGUGGCUGACGAGCACCGGCACAUUUUUAGGGAACAGGGGACACACGCAGGGCUGCCCAGGAGCAUCACCUACAUGUACACAAAGCUGCUGCUCGCACUCAUUCGUCAGCAUCGUGUAUUUAGAGCUCCGCAUCAGAGCGCAGAUGAAGAGAGAGACUUCCUCAUGAAACUCGGACAUUUGGCCUUCACUAUGCUAGAACAAGGCCAGUUCAGGAUCAGAAAGGAAGACUGGACAGAGCACGGGAUCAGCGACGUGGAGGCAGUGACCAACACCGGCCUGUGCAUCGAGUACAUCACAAAGCCGAUGGUGCUGUUUAAGGAAAAAGUCAUCAGCUUCAUCCACCCCACCAUGCAGGAGUACCUCGCUGCCCUCUAUGUGUUUCUCACCUUCAGAAACCAGGGGAAGAACAUUUUUGACCAGCAACUGAAGGAUAAGUUCAAGGGGAUAUUCAAGGCACACAAAGGGAUGGAGCUAUACAAGAGCGCCGUGGACAGAAGCCUCCUGUGUGAAGACGGCAGACUGGACAUUUUCCUGCGUUUCCUGUUUGGAAUGGCUCUUCAAACCAACCUGGAGCUCCUCCAACCGUUCUGCACAUCUUCUGUAAAGUGGCCAGCGUUCACUGAAUAUGCCGCUGCCCUCAUCCGGAAGAGGAUCAGAGAAAAUCAGCAUCCUGGCAGGAAUAGCAACCUGCAGUGCUGCCUGGAAGAGCUGGGUGUGUGAGCCUCAGAGGCAUGUGACUUCACACUAAAACAUUUAAAAUACAAAAUAGCUGUCAAGGCUUCUGCUGAAUUCCAAUAGGAAAAGAACUGUUUGAGACAUGUAGCUGUCCUGAUGGAGACAUGUUUCCCUCCUAAUAAUAGACUGUAUAUAAAGAUGGACAACAUGACAGCUCCGCCAAAGUGUAACAUUUCAAUCUAGAUCGCCCCCUGGUGACUGACUGCAGUAUAGGUCGUAAAGCCCGCUCCUCUAUGUUAGGCCAAACUAAAAACUCAAAGUACACACCUGAUAGAUUUUUCCCAAAGAUGAUUUCUUUUCUUUGAUUUCUCUCAUCACCCUUACAUUUGCUGAAGUGAUCGUUUAUGACAAGUUUAGUUUGAAUGAAUUAUUUAGUUCUACAAAAAGAUGAUUUUCCGCCAUGAUCGAGAGCUGUGCCAAUCUAUGUACUCACAUUUAACGGGGCUACUCACAAGUGUUUUGGCGAGAACUCCACCACUGCGGAUAUCACUACUGUGCAGACUUUGGCUCCAAAUGACUUCACCAGCGCAAGAUGGCAGUGCUCGUAUCUCGGAUAUUUUUGCCUCUCCUAAGCCCGGUGGGGUAAGUGGGGAGCACUUCAUCCAUCUUUAUAUACAGUCGAUGCUCCUAAUCAAACAACGUGCAUGAAUGGAGCUUUAGAGUUCACUACUUAGGUUUAGAAGUUGGAGAUGUACAAAAGUUGUGGAAACAGAAUGAUGAAUUAUGUGAGUUAAUGUGUGGUUGUAUGAAUUUAAAGAAGGUGAAAGUUAUUUUAUAUUUUUCCUAUUUUUAUACCAUCCAGUGCUUUUGAUGGACAUUAUUAAUUAUUGCUUGUGCUGCCAGCUUGUGCCUGAUAUGACUUUGUCUUAAAUCGUUUAAACACAUUAACAUACACAUAAACACUAUUAACACAAUACCAUGACGAAUGUGACUGUCGCAUUGCACCAUAAUUUAAUAGUAUAAUACAAAAUAUUUAAAAACUGAAUUAUUUUGUACUUUUACGUUUUGCUGAUUGUUUUUUGGCUGCUUGCAUUGUUUAGGUUUGUGAUACCUUAAUCACAUUAAAGAGGUGUAGUUAUACAUGUUUAGUAGUUAUACAUGCUGUGAAAGUACUGACAGUGAUACUACAGGGGAAAGAAACUUUAAAAAAGUUAAUAAAUAAAUAAAUCAUUUGGGAAACAUCCAGAGGGUCCCAUCGGCUCA